UGUAUUGUAUAUACUCGAAUGUGAAAAAUAAGCACUGCACAAUUUACACACAGUCACGUAAUAAAAACACGCAUGGCGACACUUGAUUCCGACGUGCCGAUGGUUCCCGCCGGCGAAGCUUCAAGCAGUGCCGCCGGUCCUUCUUCCAAGAAACCCAAACGCUUCGAGAUCAAGAAGUGGAACGCGGUCGCUCUUUGGGCUUGGGGUCAGUUCCCCUUUUCAAUUUUCUUCCUAAACCUAAACCCUGAUUUUUCACGAUUACUUUUUUUAUCGCCUUUUUUUUCCUCUAAUUUUCUGGAUUUUGGUUCUGUUAUUUUAGAUAUCGUUGUUGAUAACUGUGCAAUCUGCCGUAACCACAUCAUGGAUCUCUGUAUCGAGUGCCAAGCCAAUCAAGCUAGCGCCACUAGCGAGGAAUGCACUGUUGCUUGGGGGGUUUGUAACCAUGCUUUUCACUUCCAUUGCAUUAGUAGAUGGCUCAAGACUCGUCAAGUUUGUCCUUUAGAUAACAGUGAGUGGGAGUUUCAGAAAUACGGGCACUAGAUCUCUGUCAUGGUGAAGCUCCUUUGACAUUUGGGUCGUCCCUCCUAGCUUUUGAAAAUUUACAGCUGUCUGUUAUUUUAUUUAGCCUGUCAACUGAAUUUAUUAUAUUCAAGAAAGCCGUUUGUCUAAUGGAUUUUGUACACAGGGACGGCAACAUGUAAAGUUUUAUUUUAAUGUUUUGAUCUGUGUUCUAUUUGCUCCCUUUUGGCUGGCUGUAUGUUCUUUUAGUUUUCCUCCUUUGCAUUUUUGUUGUAUAUUUGUGUUGCGAUUGAUGAUAAUUGGUCUUUAUUAUUUUGCAUCAA